AUGGAUCACACACUACACGUCUUUCGUGGAUCAGGUGAUGGCAAGAUAAUUCAGGAUGAAAUCAAAAGAACAUUGGGCUCAAACGAUGUGCUUCUCGAUAUAACCCACGUCAGUAUAUGUGGAACAGAUGAUCUCUUCUUGAGAUCAUCUCAAGUGCUUGGUCAUGAGGGUGUGGGCGUUGUCAGAGAGAAAGGCGGCGGGGUGACAUCAGUUAACAUUGGCGACCGUGUUGGCGCUGGUUAUAUCCAGAAUGUGUGUGGAGAAUGUAAAGAUUGUGUUUCCGGUUGGAACCAAUACUGCGCUAACAGACAACGUUAUGGCGCCAGUGCACCCGAGCAAGGCUGCCUUGGGAAGCAAGCGGUCUGGGACGCAAAGGCUCUCAUUUCCAUCCCGCAAGCGUGUAGCUCUACUAAUGCCGCGGCACUCAUGUGCGGUGGAGCUACUGCUUGGACAGUCUUGACCCGUUACGGUAUUCGGCGCGGACAGCGUGUGGGUAUCAUAGGGGUUGGUGGGAUGGGUCACCUCGCAGUCAAGUUAUCCGCAGCUUUGGGGUACCACACUGUGGUCUUUUCGCGCUCAAACUCCAAGCGAGAUGACUGCAUGUCAUUUGGGUCUAAAGAGUUCUAUUUGAUUCCUAAGCAUACUGCGGCGAAAGCACGGCCCAUGAAUGAUCCUGCAGGUGUCUUACCUGGGAUAUUCGAACCUGUGGACCAUUUACUAUUAUGCAGUAGUGUAGCAGAAGACUUUACUAUGCUCAUGAAGCUGGUGGCUACACGCGGUACUAUCUAUCCAUUGACAGUCAGUCUUGAUUCUGUUCCAGUUCCCUUACUGGCUAUGAUAGACAAUGGAAUCGGGAUACAAGGAUCCUUGACGGCGUCGACAGAAAGUCUUUUCAAAAUGUUGCAAUUUUGCGCUUCGAAUCACGUCAACCCCCUAGUUGAAUGCCAUUCCUUGGACCAAAAUGGUGUCAAAACUGCUUUCCAAGCAUUGAAAGAAGGAUCUGUGCGAUACAAGACUGUGUUAGAGAAAGCAGCA